AUGGCCUCUCGUCAUUCUCGCAAGCUCCUUCGACCCCUGCUCUACACAUCGGCCGCGGCGGCGGCCGGAGCCGGUGUCCUCUACAUCUCCUACCGACCCCGCAACAUUCCCGGCUCUGAAGCCCCCGCAGUCCCUCCGCCAGGUUAUCAUGAAGGCAAACUCGUCCCUCCCAGCUUCCCCUCCAUCAAGUCGCGCCUGCAGCAGAUCCAGGAUCUGAAACGGAGCGCCGAGGAGAAGUCGGAGGAAUAUGAUCUCGUCGUCAUCGGUGCCGGUGCGACCGGCUCCGGUAUCGCCCUCGACGCAGCCACUCGCGGACUGAAGGUGGCUGUCAUCGAACGUGAUGAUUUCAGUGCUGGAACCAGCAGUAAGAGUACGAAACUGGUCCACGGUGGUGUUCGCUACCUGGAAAAGGCCGUGUGGGAACUGGACUACAACCAAUACAAACUGGUGAAAGAAGCCCUGAGAGAGCGCAAAUACUUCCUGAACACUGCGCCUCAUUUGUCCAGCUGGCUCCCCAUCAUGGUUCCCGUGCAGAAAUGGUGGCAGGCGCCCUACUUCUGGGUUGGUACGAAGUUCUACGACUACUUGGCCGGUUCGGAGGGCAUUGAGACCUCCUAUUUCCUGCCCAAGAGCAAGGCCAUCGAUGCGUUCCCCAUGCUGCGAAAGGAUAACCUCUUUGGUGCUAUGGUUUACUACGAUGGUGCCCACAAUGAUUCCCGAAUGAACGUGUCCCUGGCAAUGACCGCCGCCUUGUACGGUGGCACCGUUGUCAACCACAUGCAGGUCACGGGGUUGACCAAGGAUGCGUCCGGCAAGCUGAACGGAGCCGUUGUCAAAGAUCUGAUCCCGGGCAGGAACGGCCAGGAGGCAGAAGAGUUCACGAUCAAGGCCAAGGGCAUCAUCAACGCCACUGGUCCUUUCACCGAUUCAAUUCGCAAGAUGGACGAGCCGGAUACCAAGGAGAUCGUGGCCCCCAGCGCUGGUGUGCACGUCAUUCUCCCGGGAUACUACAGCCCCUCCAACAUGGGUCUCAUUGACCCGUCCACCUCGGACGGCCGUGUUAUCUUCUUCCUGCCGUGGCAAGGAAACACCAUUGCCGGAACUACGGACCAGCCGACGGACAUUACCCCCCAACCCCUCCCCUCUGAGCAAGACAUCAACUGGAUUCUUUCGGAGAUCCGUGGCUACUUGGCUCCCGACAUCAACGUUGAGCGCAGUGACGUGCUUGCCGCGUGGUCUGGAAUCCGCCCUCUGGUCCGUGACCCCAAGGUGAAGAGCUCGGAAGCCUUGGUCCGCAACCAUCUGAUCACCGUAUCGCCUUCGGGACUGUUGACUUGUGCGGGUGGCAAGUGGACCACGUAUCGUCAGAUGGCCGAGGAGGCUGUUGAUGAGGCAGUCAAUGUGUUCGGACUGAAGCCGCGCGCGGUCUCCAAUGUCCCGGAUAUUAGCGGUGUCGGAGGAAGCGGCCUGGUUGCCGAUGGCGCUGUGCUCGACGGAUCCUGCCAGACCCACCAGGUCCGCUUGAUCGGAGCCCAUGGUUACUCGAAGACCCUCUUCAUCAACCUGAUCCAGCACUUUGGCCUGGAGACCGACGUGGCUCAGCAUCUUACCCAGUCGUACGGUGACCGGGCCUGGCAAGUGGCGGCGCUGUCUUCUCCCACUACCAUGCGCUUCCCUGUGCGCGGUCAACGCAUCUCGCCCCUCUACCCCUUCAUCGAUGGCGAGGUCCGAUAUGCGGUGCGCCAUGAAUAUGCUCAGACUGCGGUGGACGUCAUUGCUCGCAGAACGCGCUUGGCUUUCCUGAACGCGGAGGCGGCACUGGAGGCGCUCCCGAACAUCAUUGAUCUGAUGGGCGAAGAACUCAAGUGGGAUGCCAACAGAAAGGAGGUGGAGUGGAAGGACAGCGUCAAGUUCCUGUCGUCGAUGGGACUUCCGAAGAACCUUUUGGAGAUGUCCCGGGAAGCGGUGGAAGCCGGCAAGGUUAAGGAGACACACAUUGCGCAACGGAAGUUGGCCUCUCGGAUUGAAGCAGACCCUCCCGCCGAUGUGCUGGAGAGUGAUAUCCGAGUGGAGGCCAAGACGCCGAUUGAAUCGACGCAACCUCUGAACCCGGAGUCGCCAGCAAACAAAUAG